AUGAAGUGGCAGUUUUUUUUAUGGCCAAUUGUCAGGAGCCAUAAACUGCACGGAAGCCCCAGAAUAGCCUGGACUAAUGUGGACAGUGCGGACCAUAAAUCCCACGUCACGUACCUAUCGCAGCUCGAUAAUGGCGAUUGCCCCUAUACGCACCCCAAUAUCCACGACUUUGUCGGGAGAUGGAACGAGAGUGACGGAUGGCCGUUUGUUUAUGCUCAUGGCGACCCAACGGGAUACGGAUGGCACGGCGACUUCCAGAGCGGAUGGGAUGUCGACGCUCUUCAAGAUGCGACCGACAACUGCAACAACCCCGAUAACGAUACUAUCAAUGGCGUAUUCACCGCUUGCUCGGUAUUCGGUAUCAUCAGCGCUGAUACCGCUAAUGAGUGCAGAAUCGCUUCGGUGGUCAAUGAGGAUACGGAGGGUACGCUCGCGAAGCUCCCUGGAUGCAACCCGCUACAGUACGGUCCGGGGGAUGCGACCAUGUAUACAGAUGCAAAGUGCCCGUCCUGA